AUGAAUAGACUCAAGAAAGGUGAGCCCAGUAAGGGAAUCACCCGACGAUUCAGCGAUGAUGUUGUGAAUUCCACACCGGAAGAACCCCUCGGUCGAGCCCUGGCGGCGAAGGUGGCGUUUGACAGAAAUCGAGAACGAUCGAGGUCGGCGCGAGAUGAAUGGGACCAACUUUUACUGGAGGGAAGGGAACUAGCCAAUGACUGUGUUCCAGACGAAGAAGCUGUUCUAUUUGAACAAAGUCGGAGGCUGUAUGCAGCAUGGGACAAAUUCCGACGCGACCUCCCCAAAGACCAGCAGAUGCAACUCGAAGGACGCGACCGGCCAGAUAUCAAUUACCUCGUGGCCGCAGUCAGCAAAGCUUCAGCCACAUGGCAGGGGGAUCGUGACGAAAGUAAGCUGGGAAAGCUCAAGUCUAAAUUUCACGGCCUUUGCGAGACCUGCCACGACCACAGCUCACUGCUAUCCAUUAUCCCCAAAGAUGAUAAAUAUGUCACUCUACUGACGGGGUCCCUGUCGGCCAUCGCUCAGGCGACCAUCAACCACCAGAAAAUCGCUGAGGGGGUAGCAGAUACCCUCGACGAUCUGUGCCAUGAUAUUGAUUUCUGGAACCGGCAAAUGAUGGAGCAUGGAAAUAUUCCAUCACUUCGGCAGUAUAUUCAAGAACUCUACGUGAUUGUAUUUGAGUUCUUCACGGAGGUCUUCAAUAAAUGGUCUAAGUCUGGCUGGAAACGUUUCCUCACUAGCUUCGAUGAUGGCGCAUUCAACAGGCUCUUCACUUCGAAGAAAGAACGAAUGUUGGUCAUCGAACGCCGUAUGGAACGCCACGUCAACCUCGACUUCCGACACCGAACCAAUGAGAGUUUGGAAAUGGUGAUUCAGAGCCAAAAGGAACUCUUGUAUCGCUUGCCAAACCAACUGAACGAGCAAAGACUGUUCCUCGGCGAGUCGCUUCAACAAUUACUAGAACAACAACAAAUCUUCAUUCUGGAUAGACCCCAGACAACUUUGAUCACAACAAUGAUUGAGGGAACAGUAGAAGGACGCUCGGAUGUGGCGGUUGAUGAUCAAAUUAGACCGCAAACCCCAGAACUGGAGGUUCCUCUCGGCUCACAAGCGCAUUACAGGUACAACCGCGCAGAGAUCCAGGCCGAGCUAGCCAUAUUUACCACUCAAUGGAAGGAUCAAGUUGAACAUCUAACAGAGGCUUCCAAGCAAGCAUCGCUUCUCCAGCUCGAUAGACAGGUUCAUCAUCGCUUGCAAACCUGGCUGCGAGAUCUGAGCACCACCAAUUUCUGGAUUCAGGGCCCUUAUGACGUCUCACGACCUAGCCAAAAUUCUAUGACGGCUGUAUCUUUGACAGCGCUGGCACGGACCCAUAACAUCCCCUUUGUCGCCUACUUUUGCACGUUCACAGAUCAUGAUGCCUUGGGGAUGCCCACGAGAGCCGGCCUUGAGGCGUUCAUGGCUUCCAUUAUCAUGCAACUCGUCCAGCUAAUCCCAGAAAGGGGUUAUUCCCGAGCAGACCUAUGUCCUGCACGAUUUGCUGCCCUUGCAAAAGGGGCCUUAGAUGCGGGCGAGACGCUCCAGCUGAUCCGCGAUGUGCGUGAGCUAGGCCCGAGAUUGGUGCAUGCCUUCAUAGACAAACUUCAAGUAUUGGAGGAUCGGUCCGACCAAGCCUACACCAGAGAUUUUCUAAGCACUAUAGCAUCACUGUGUCGCCUGAAUGGCGGGAGCCAGCUCUCAGGGAUUCCUACCGCACCGAAUACAAGCGAGUUGAUGUUCAGAACCAAAAUCUGCUUCACUACGGAGGGUUACGUAGAUGGUCUGGCGCAGGCUGUAGAGCUGCAAUUACUUGAUAAGAUUGAAUUUGACCUGGAAACAACCGAGCCUACGUCGAUGGAGGUUGGUGGAAGAUUGGAAUGA